CCCCACCCCCAUCCACAUGUACACACCUGUCGGUGUCUUCUCUACCUGACCUUACUUGGGUUGUUGCUAAGCCCGCUGGCAGAUAAUCCUUGUAAAAACAUUUGUGUUGUAGCCAACACAGUAACCAUAAUCUCGUCUCUUCCAGGCGAGGGAUCAGCGGGGAUCAUCAGUCGCCCUAUCGACAAACAGAGAAGUAAGCCAUCCAUCAAAAUCCGGGCAGUUGUUAUCUUGCCAGUGGUGGCCAUUGUCUCUCGGACACAGUCAAGUGUAAAAGAAACAAGUCAGCAGUACAGAACCAUAUUCGGUGUCGAGAGAUGGCGAAUCUACAAACUCGCUGCGAGGUACCGAAAGGUAACUUCAUCGCCAGGGGUCUGAGGCUCAUGAACGAUAACAGCAAAGAGCUGUUUCCUGCGACACCAGCAAGUAGCAAGGACAAAAAGUACAUGAGUAUGUAUACACAAGAUUAUCACAGUCUUCCAGUCAAUGUCAUCUUAGAAGACCUGAGGCGAAAGGGUCGGCAACUCAAGCGCGAGACGAUUCGAGAUGUUUUGUUUGGGCAGAGUCCUACAGCGAUGUAUGCCAGAUGGAACAUUCCCAAGCACAUCAUGCAGAAUCCAGGAGGCGAGAAGAGUGCACAUUUAAGCGACAGGACUCUAGACGUGAAGGAGACCAAGCAGGACACCUCUCAUCUUGCUCGACAGUCUACCUGCAUACCAGUUGUCAACACAAAACCUGAAGUAUGGUUAAACGACUUCCCACACGUGAUCCGUGGUUGCCCCAGUGGAUCGCAAGGCCGGACGUGUAGUAUCCAAAGCGCUGUAUCUCUGCCUCAUUCGUCACUUCCGGAUUUACAAAGCCUUCAACAAAAGCUGAAGCCGGAAGUGCUCAGUGGAGCCGAGGAAUGGUGGAAGCUCGCUCCUGAGGUGGACUUACGCCUCCUACAGAAUGUACUGCGGUUACAGGAACGACAGCCAGUCCAGAACUACCGCCUGAUGAGCACCUUCGUGCCCAACGCUCGACAAAUUGUGGAGCAAUGGCUGGAAGGCGCAACGAAUCAGGAAUGUCAAGCGGCCCUUCGAUUUUUUACUUCCCUUGCCGGAAGUGGCCUGAUUGAGGUCUCGAACGGAGGAGAACAAACUGCGCGCCUUAAACAAGUCAUCACCGCCCUUGAUAGCUCUUCUGCUGCACGUCGGGCGAAAGCUACUUCAUCAUCGAAGUAUGACAAUGAUGAGGAUGGACGUAGGCAGACUUCAAAGCGUCUCUCGUUCCUACACUUACUGGAUGAAAACACCCGACGUCAGCGCUGGAUGUACACCACGUGGCACCAUUUGCCCAACUAUGGCAUCAGCCAUCUUGCUUCUAACCCUGCUUCUGUCUAUGUCUCGCCCCGCAUCCUGCAGCACCGUCACUACGCCAUCCACCCCGAUUGGUGCUAACUCCACUAUUUUGUGCCGACUGCUGCUUGUCUCAUUUCCGUGAAUUUUUAGUGGUGUGUUUGAACACAGUUUGGGGAAAUUCAAGUCAUGCUAUCCCUCAUACUCACUAUUCAUUGACAUCAAGAGAUCUUUAGGAUAUUGCAUGUCGUGCACACAAAAAAUGUCAUUGGCAUUGCACUAUGUUGUGGACACAUGCUGUGCAUUCACCACUUUUUUUAACUAUUAGACGUACAAAUAUUACCUAUGUUAACAUAAGAGGCUGAGGUAUAGGGAUUGAGGCGUAAUUAAAUGUUAUUGAAAGUGUUCAUUUAUUGGCAUUAAAGAGUUUUCUAAGUGUCGGUUCUCGCACACCUAAUGAUAUGAUAUAUGUAGAAUAGAGAGCUUCCCUGUUAGAUGUUUAUACAGUGUAUUCGCUGCUGGAUCCAGGUCAUUAGAAUGCCAACCGACUAAAUUCCAUACCAUUUGUUGUUGAGUAUACAUCUUCAAAACAAAAGAACGUGGGUGUAGGAUAUCUUUUUGUAUUGCAAAUCAGGGAGUGGAAGAUGUGAAACUCUUCUCGAGAGAGUUUAAACGAAGGCUUAUUAAUAAUUGAAAUCAAGACUGUCAUGUAAUUAUUACGAAAGCUUGAGUGUAGAUCGUUUUAUCGAACAUUUAAAUCGGCUUUUUCUUUAUGCACAUAUCUGAACCAUGUCCAACACAUAGGAAUCCGUAAUGAUUUUAUACGUUUUCGACUCUGGGUUUCAUGACUCAAGCCACAUCGUUUGCGUUUUGCGAUCAAUCCAAGUGACAAUGUUAAUACCCUGUCAUGCCUUUUUGUCCAGGUAUUGUAGAGUCCAAAUUGCAUAUCAUGUUCUUAUGUCCAAGAUACAGUGUAUUGAGAAAGAAAUAUAUACCUAAAAAGUAUUGCCACAAUCCAUCUGCUUUCCGUUUAUCCGUGCUACUAGCAAACAAUAGCAAGUGUCUAGUUAAUCAUAUAGCAAAUUACAUCUACGAGCCAUUCUCAGUGCUAAAUUUAACUAAUAGUUGACUUUUUAAUUCAUCAUACUGCUUGUAUAGAUUACAAUGUGUGUUCUAUUGCAUUGUUAUAUUGUACUGUGUACUGUUUGGAUUCCCCUUGAAAUGAGCCGAAGGUCUCUUCAAUCAAUCAAUUCAUUGACACCAGCAAUUUUACCCAUGAAAAAGAAAUUAAGUUAAUCCAACAGGUUAAGGGUUAAGUUAAUCCAACAGGAAAAUUACCUAGCGAUUUAUGAGCUACUAAGUUUAUGUCGUAUGGUAAUGUGUGGGUGGGCUGGCCUGCUUUGUGUCCGGCAUAGCAAGAAUACCAGAACAAGAGUGUGCGGUCUAGUAGAGACUGCAAUGAGCUAUAGAAGUUUUUUCCCUCUUCAUCUGCUUCAUUUGUGGGUACAUAGCAUUGGAUGAUGGUGACCUUUCUUCCUUUGGCGUUGAAUCUUGCUGACAUGAGCCGUGGUGAGACUG